UUGCUGCGGGUCACCACGUAACUCCUGGGGCCUGCGUUCCGGCAAGUGGGACUCUGUGUUGGCGAUGAGCUCUUUGGUUAAUUUGAAGAGCUGCCUGGCAGCCGGUUUGCUGCAGAACAAAGUGGCCAUCGUCACCGGCGGGGGCACGGGCAUCGGAAAGGCCAUCGUGACCGAGCUCCUACACCUGGGGUGUAAUGUGGUCAUCGCAUCCCGUAAAUUGGAGAGAUUAAAAUCUGCUGCAGAUGAAAUGAAGGCCAACCUACCUGCCAAUAGCCAGGUUCAAGUCACUCCUCUGCAAUGCAACAUCCGUAAAGAAGAGGAGGUGAAUAAUUUGAUCAAAUCUACUUUAGAUAUUCAUGGUAGGAUUGAUUUCUUGGUAAACAAUGGAGGAGGCCAGUUCAUGUCUCCCGCCGAAAACAUCAGUUCCAAAGGAUGGAAUGCUGUGAUUGAAACCAAUCUGACAGGCACCUUUUACAUGUGCAAAGCAGUUUACAAAUCCUGGAUGAAGGAGCAUGGAGGGUCAAUUGUCAACAUCGUUGUCCUGACUAAAAACGGAUUUCCAGGAGCUGCACACACUGGAGCUGCCAGAGAAGGUAUCUACAACCUCACCAAAACCUUAGCUAUUGAAUGGGCUAGCAGUGGAGUGAGAAUCAACUGUGUUGCCCCGGGAGUAAUUUAUUCCCAGACUGCUUUCGACAACUACGGUCACUUGGCAAAAGACUUAUUUGAAGCGCAUUUUGAGAAUAUCCCAGCUAAAAGACUUGGAGUUCCUCAGGAGAUCUCUCCCUUGGUAUGCUUCCUGCUCUCGCCAGCAGCUUCCUUUAUCACCGGACAGUUGGUGGACGUGGAUGGGGGCCAGUCUCUGUAUCAUAAGUCAUUUCAGAUACCAGAUCAUGACAACUGGCCUCAGGGACCAGGGGACCUUUCAGAUGUGAAAAGGAUGAAGGAGGCUUUUAAGCAGAGGGCCAAGCUCUAAGCCAAGAGAGCAGACGGGAAUCUCUGAAGGUGCCUCACCAGCUCAACAAUGCAUUUGUAUACUUUUCAGGGGCUAAUAAUAUGUAUGGGGAAACCACUCUCUCCCGUUUAAAUGUUAUUAUUUUAUUUCUGUAAUCAAGUCCCAACUGAUGCCUUUUCACUUGAGAUUGAAAACAAUUUGAUAGGAGUGGAAGUGAAUUUCAUGUUGUAUUCAUACUUCUCAUUACUAAGAAAGAUAUUUUAAAAGUCAAACAAUUGAAAAUUAAUAAUAGAGGUAUCUUGACAUCCUAGAGAUUUUGGUGUUUAACUCUAAAGGCAAGAAAUCUUCAUUGUUGUAUCAGUCUCUUGCUUCAAACCUGAAUUAUGCAGUGAUCUUAUUUUUUCAUGCCAAAUGCUUCUGGAUCAACAAAGAUUUUUGGUAAAUUUC